CAUGAAAGAUACAUGGAUGGAUACUAAAAUAAAUAUACCUCGUUCCCAGCGCCUUGUCCCACCCAGAAGGCGAAUGGGAAAGCUCGGUGCACCACCACCGGCGCCGCUCCAGCUCCUCCUCCUGCCCCACAGCCCCAGCACUAACUCGUAACUAGUAAGAUAAAAAUUGGAAGGAACAAAGAGUUCAAAUGGGUGCGUUCUUGAGCUCCGCCAACAGCAGAAAGCAUCCAUGGGAGAACGGGGAAGCUCUGAGAACAGAUUCUUCCAAGAAGCUAAGGAUGUCAGUGUCUCUCUAUGAGCACCCAAGGCUGAUUCCCUGGCUCCCGGACGAGAUCUCGCUGCAAAUCCUCGCGAGGAUGCCGAGGAUAGGGUACCUGAAGGCCAAGAUGGUCUCCCGGAGCUGGAAGGCUGCCAUCACCGGCUCGGAGCUGUACCGGCUGAGGAAGGAGCUUGGCGUGGACGAAGAGUGGCUGUACAUACUGAUGAAAAAGGCAGAUGAUCAGAAGUUGGUGUGGCACGCUUUCGAUCCGGUUAGUAGCCAAUGGCAGAGGCUGCCACUCAUGCCUGGGAUCAGUCAUGGUGGAGGAGAGUGCAAGAGAGGCGUGCCCGGGUUGCGGUUAGGGGAUCUGGUGAGCGCCGGCAUCAGGAUUUCUGAUGUUAUCAGAGGCUGGCUUGGUCAGAAGGAUCUGAUUGACAGGAUUCCGUUCUGCGGUUGUGCCAUUGGGACUGUGGCUGGGUGUCUGUAUGUUUUGGGUGGGUUUUCAAGAGCUUCUGCAAUGAAAUGCGUGUGGAGGUAUGAUCCCUUUGUUAAUUCAUGGCAGGAAGUGAGCUCGAUGAGCACCGGGCGUGCCUUCUGCAAAACCAGCCUGCUGAAUAACAAGCUGUUCGUUGUUGGUGGUGUCAGCAACGGCAAGAAUGGGUUAACCCCGCUCCAAUCUGCCGAAAUGUAUGACCCGGCAACAGGGGUUUGGACAGAGGUGCCAGACAUGACAUUCUCCAAAAUGCAAGCUCUGCCGACCGCAUUCUUGGCUGAGUUAUUGAAGCCAAUUGCUACUGGAAUGACCUCAUACAGAGGGAAGCUGUAUGUUCCUCAGAGCCUUUAUUCCUGGCCAUUCUUUGUUGAUGUUGGUGGGGAGAUCUUUGAUCCCGAAACAAAUUCAUGGGAGCAAAUGCCUGCGGGCAUGGGAGAGGGUUGGCCUGCAAGGCAGGCUGGGACGAAAUUAAGUGCUGUUGUAGAUGGUGACCUGUAUGCUUUGGAGCCAUCAACUUCUGAUCGAGGCAAGAUAAAGAUCUAUGAUCCUCAAGAGGAUACUUGGAAGGUUACCGUAAGCCAGGUACCUGUUGGGGACUUCGCCGAGUCGGAAAGUCCGUACUUACUUGCAGGACUUCUCGGAAAGCUCCAUUUGAUCAUCAAGGAUGUGGAUAACACCAUCAACAUUAUGCAAACGGACUGUCUGAAGCCUAUGGAUUCGCCAGCCCCUGCAGCUGGCAUGACAUGCCAAAAUCCAGAUGUCUCAGAGCAGGAAACAGAUGUUUGGAAAGCUGUCGCGUCGAAGAAUUUUGCAGCUGCUGAACUUGUCAGCUGCCAGGUUCUCCGCAUAUGAGUUUGUAAAAUCGUGUAUUCCGCUUUACUGUGUGGAUAACUGUAUCAGUUGCGAAGUAGAUAAGUUUCUUCCACCACACAUCUGAAUGAUUUGAUCAAAUCAGAUAAACUUGUUGGGCCUUCAAUCUUAAGAACAGAUGAUCCACAUCAUGUGUUAGAUAUGCGAUUAGUGAACUGCAGGAAGUAUUUCCUCCCGGCAAUGCACAUAUGGAUGUGCAGUCUGUAAUUCAAUUGUGUAAGGGUUUGCUUCAACUACUGUAUAUGUUUAUAAAAUCAAAUAAGAUUGGAGAAGGAGGAGGUCAUGUCGCCUUGUCCGAUUCUAAAGAC